AUGGCCUCCCCCAAGCAAGACCGGGACCCUAAUGGUGUCAACGUACAUAUACAGGCUAAUUUCGAGGAUGUAUUUGCUGAGAGUUAUGACAUACAGAGCGUCGACUGUGUCUGGAAAACCUCACAGCAAUGCUUUUCAUGCAGUAAGAACUGUUGCUAUAACUUCCUGGCUGUUUUCUGUGGACUCUGUGCGGCUUUUUUCUGGGGAUUCCAGUUCGCGUGUGUGGCGUUUGAACAUGUCUGGUGUUUGACUCCUGCGUUGAAACUCUUUGUCAUCAACUGUAGCGCCUUGCAGAAGUUUGUCGGAAAUCUCGUUGGUUGUAUUCUCGCGCCAGUUUGCGAGACGUGCGGUCUCCUGUUUUCCAGUAUCUCUGUCCAACACAAUGGAAACAAUGGCUAA